ACCCUUCAUCCCGGUGUCUCUGUCCCCCCCCCCCCCCCCCCCCCAGGCUCCCUGCUGCUGGACAGCCUGAAGGAGCACAUCUCCACCACCGCCCAGGACCACUGUAAGGCCAUCUACCUGCACGUCCUCACCUCCAACAACACUGCCAUCCACUUCUACGAGAACAGGGACUUCAGGCAGCACCACUACCUGCCCUACUACUACUCCAUCCGCGGCGUCCUCAAAGACGGGUUCACAUAUGUGCUCUACAUUAACGGGGGCCAUCCUCCCUGGACUAUAUUUGACUACAUCCAGCACAUCGGCUCCACUCUGGCCAGCCUGAACCCCUGCUCCAUCUCUCAGAGGCUGUACCGCCAGGCCCAGUCGCUGCUGCGCUCCCUGCUG